GCGCGGCGGCGGCAUGGGCGGCGGGGCGCGGCGCCCCCAGCCUGCGACCCCGCGGACCCUCCUCUCGGCGCGCCGCCUCCGCAGCCGGGGCUCCGGCGUGACUCCGGCACCGAGCCCCACUCCCGCGGGCGGCGCGUAGGGCGGCGAUCGAUCCGUGCCCUCCCGGGACCCGCCGGCUUCAGCCCGGGGCGCACGGCCGCCGAGCCGCCUCCGGCGGGGCCCUCCCGAGGCUCCGGAGCGGGGACCAUGAAAGUAAAACUGAGCUCUUGAUUAAAAGGGCAGAAGUUAACAAUUUACUAAGGAUGCAGGCCUUCUCAAAAGUGAGGUCGGCCGCUGGCGACGGAGAUGCGCUGUGUGUUACGGAAGAGGAGCUGGCAGCUGAUGACGACGAGGACAUGCCGUCCUUCCCGUGCACACAGGAGGGCCGGCCGGGGCCCCGCUGCAGCCGCUGCCAGAAGAACCUGUCUUUGCACACAUCGGUGCGGAUCCUUUACCUCUUUCUGGCCCUCCUCCUGGUGGCUGUGGCCGUGCUGGCCUCUCUGGUUUUCAGGAAAGUGGACUCUCUCUCAGAAGACAUCUCCCUGGCCCAGGCCCUUUAUGACAAGAAGCUUGUGUCUAUGCAGGAAAAUCUCCAAGGGCUGGAGUUGAAAGCCCCGAACAACUGCUCUUUCUGCCAUGAGGCUGGGCAGCUGGGGCAAGAGAUCAGAAAGCUGCAGGCGGAGCUGGAGGGAAUUCAGAAGAUGCUUCUGGCUCAGGAGGUCCAGCUGGACCAGACCUCCCAGACCCACGAACUGCUCUCCACCACCAGCGGUCAGAUCUCCCAGGAGAUGGGCAAUUGCUCUUUCUCCAUCCACCAGAUCAACCAGUCUCUGGGGCUCUUCCUGGCCCAGAUGAGAGGCUGGCAGGCCACCACAGCCGGCCUGGACCUCUCUCUGAAGGACCUCACCCAGGAGUGCUACAACGUCAAGGCUGCGAUGCACCAGAUCAACUUCACCGUGGGGCAGACUUCUGAGUGGAUCCACGGGAUCCAGCGGAAGACAGAUGAGGAGACCCUAACCCUCCAGAAGAUGAUCACCGACUGGCAGAACUACACGCGGCUCUUCAGCAGCCUGCGCACCACCUCGGCCAAGACGGGAGAAGCGGUCAAGAGCCUCCAGGCCACCCUGGGGGCCUCCUCCCAGCGCAUCAGCCAGAAUUCUGAGAGUAUGCACGACCUGGUGCUGCAGGUCAUGGGCUUGCAGCUGCAGCUGGAUAACAUCUCGUCCUUCCUGGAUGACCACGAGGAGAACAUGCACGACCUGCAGUACCACACCCACUACGCCCAGAACCGCACGGUGGAGAGGUUCGAGACGCUGGAAGGACGCAUGGCUUCCCAUGAGAUCGAGAUCGGCACCAUCUUCACCAACAUCAACUCCACUGACAGCCACGUGUACAGCAUGCUCAAGUACCUGGAUGACGUGCGGCUCUCCUGCACGCUGGGCUUUCACACCCAGGCCGAGGAGCUCUACUACCUGAACAAGACCGUCUCCCUUAUGCUGGCCACCACCGACCUGCUCCGGGAGCGCUUCGGCCUGCUCAGCGCCCGCCUGGACUUCAACGUCCGUAACCUGUCCAUGAUCAUGGAGGAGAUGAAGGCCGUGGACACGCAGCACGGGGAGAUCCUGCGCAACGUCACCAUCCUACGAGGUGAGAGCCAGAUCUGGGCCGGGCUGCCGGGGAGCUCCCAGAGGGGCUCGGUGACCUUGGGAAACACAGAAAGGCCUGGUUUUGGGCAAAAAUCUCAGUGGGCUGAUACAAUUCUGCAGCAAAUUCCUGGGGUGACUGGCAGCUUUUACGUCCUUGCCAACCUCUUUUGGAAAAGUGUAUGGCUCCUCACUUUGCCCGACAUACAAAUUUGGAUGUUUAUGUGUGGACCUGUUUAAUUGGGCCCACAGAGAGAUAUAGGUAGAGCUCAUCUUUCGGAAACUCUGUCUCCUUUUGUUUUCUCCCUUCCCACCCCCUUACUGGUGUUCUCAACCAUCUGCCCUUCAGAUGCCUGUCACUCUGAUGCCCUCUUCUCCUCCCAUCUCACCCCUGUCUUAGGCAGAGUUCUUCAGAGAUAUAGGAGAGAGAGAGAGAUUAUAAGGAAUUGGCUCAUGUGAUUUUGGAGGCUGGCAAGUCCAAAAUCUGCACAGCUGAUGUCCUAGUUCAACUCAAAAGGCUGGAAGCAGCUGUAGAACCAGGAAGAGGCAGUGUGCCAGUUGAAGGCUGUCAGGCUGGAGGAUGCUCUGUUACUCAGGGGAGGGUCAGCCUUUGGUUCUAUUCAGCCUUCAACUGAUUAAGUGAGGCCCACCCACAUUGAGGAGGGCAAUCUGCUUUACUCAGUACUGAUUUUUUUUUAACUUUUUAUUUUAUAUUGGAGUAGAGUUGAUUAACAAUUUUGUGUUAGCUUCAGGUGUACAGCAAAAUGAUUCAGUUAUACACAUACAUGUAUCUGUUCUUUUUCAAAUUCUUUCCCCAUUUAGGUUGUUACAUAAUGUUGAGCAGAGUUCCUACUCAGUACUGAUUUAAAUAUUGAUUUCAUCCAUAAACACAGUGGAGACACACCCAGAAUAAUAUCUGGCCAAAUAUCUGGGUACCCCGUGGCCCAGUCAAGUUGACACAAAAAUGAACUGUCACAAGUGCAUCCCUCAUCAACCUGACACCCAUGCACAUCUCCUUAAAUCAUACUUAAUCUCCAAAUGAAGAAAGUAACAAGGUCAUAAUUCUGCCUAAUAUACAUGAUAUAACUAUCCUGAGUAUAACCCCAAAUGUGCUAACCCCUUCCCCAGAAGAGGAGGUAAAGUCCUUGAGUGAUGUUUACUCUUCUUAAUAUCCCAUAACUUAAAUAUUAUGAUAUAAAGUUAACAAUAUUUAAAUACUGUGAUAUAAAGUCAAUACAUUUUGUAGUUUUUGUUACAUGGUAAGGGGAUAAGAGAGGGAAUAAAACAAAGAUAUAUAUACAUAUAUGUCAACAUAUAAUCACAACACAAUGAGGAAAUACUCUUGACAAUUACAGUCCUCGCACAUGAAAUUGGUCAGACAGUCACAGCUAGCGUUUAUAACUAACUACCUUCUUCCACUACCCAUUCCGUAUUCCCUUUGCCUUCAGCAAGCACCUCAGCUGGUUGUGCUUCUUUACCUGGUAGGGUGACCCAAACCUUCAUUCCUGAAGGGCCAUUAGUAGUCCUGCCUGGAUUGGGUUGUUGUAAUUCUCCAUUGACCUUAAUCCCAGGACGUGGUAAUACUGGGAGACGCCCUAAGUGACCUCCUAGAUUGCAGACAUGCUCCUUCUUCCCUCCAUUGUGGAGAAGUAGAGUCUGAUUUCUCCGUGGAGGUCAGGGUCAGCCGUCCCAGUCAGCACAGUAACUUCUUUGCCUGUUCUUUCAGAGGCAUGAGGAGCCCAAAGUGAGCAGGCAACAGUCUCAACUUCCAGUUCAAUGGAAUCGUAUCUCCUGGCAGAAAUAUUUCCCUUUGCAACUAAGAUCACUAAGCCAGCGGAGCAUGAGCUUCUGGGAACAAGAAGCAAAAAAUUUGCUAGUGGGGCACUGGGGUUAAUAGUGAGUGGUGGCUUCCCAUUUCCCCUUCUUGAUCCUUGGACCCAUGAGUCCUGGCUGUAAGAGAAACAGCACCAUGUUUUUGUUGCUGAUUCAGAGCAUAUACAGCCCUGCAAGCUAUUACCACAGAACUGGCACUGUAACUGAGUCUUCAAAAAGCCAUUUCACCCUUCUGUUCAGCCAGCUGCUUCAAGACGGUGGGGGACAUGGUAACGCCAGUGAAUCUUAUGAUCAUGGGCCCAGUGCUGCACUUCAUUUGCUGUGAAAUGAGUUCCUUGAUCAGAAGCGAUGCUGUGUGGAAUACCAUGUGUAAUGCAUUCUGCAAGUACAUGGCUGGUAUUUUUGGUGAAGCAUUGCAUGCAGGGAAGGCACUUCUCUAUCCAGAAUAAGUGUCUAAACCAGUAAGAACAAAACACUGCAUGAUGGAAGUGGUCCAAUGUAAUCAACCUGCCACCAGGUAACUGUCUGAUCACCCCGGGGAAUGGUGCCAUGUUGGGGAUUCAUUGCUGGUCCCUGCUGUUGGCAGAUGGGGCGCUCAGCAGUGGCUGUAGCCAGGUCAGCCUUGGUGACUGGAAGUCCAUCUGUGUUGCUGAACCCAUGCAUAAGCUCCAUCCUUGCUACCACGGCCAUUUUGUUCAUGAGCCCAUUGGUUGACGACAGGGGUGGCUGAAGAAGAAGCCUGGGGCUUCCCUGGUGGCGCAGUGGUUGAGAGUCCGCCUGCCGUUGCAGGGGACACGGGUUCGUGCCCCGGUCCGGGAAGAUCCCA